UUUUUUUCCCUCUUUUGAUAGCUAUUGACAAAUCACAGUAGAUGGUUUUUACUCUGGGGGAUCUGAGUUUAAAGUUGCUAAAUGCUGUUUGGUUAUUUUCAUUUACUGUAUUUCACUAAUGGGUUAAUAGUAUAAUUACGAACACAAAGUAAUCUAUUAUAUGGAGCAUUAAGUAAAAGACCAGUUGUUGCAUAGAUUUGAAAUAGUGGUGUACUGGUUUCUCAAGGGAGAACCUCAGUUUCUGUCAAGUCUUUGCUCAGACUGCCUAUUCUUCUUUCUCAGACCCAAUGAUUCUCGCAUGCUGGUUGCUUUAGGAGAAUGUUAUGAGAAACUCAAUCAACUAGUGGAAGCCAAAAAGUGUUAUUGGAGAGCUUACGCCGUGGGAGAUGUGGAGAAAAUGGCUCUGGUGAAACUGGCAAAGCUUCAUGAACAGUUGACUGAGUCAGAACAGGCUGCCCAGUGUUACAUCAAAUAUAUCCAAGAUAUCUAUUCCUGUGGGGAAAUAGUAGAACACUUAGAGGAAAGCACUGCUUUUCGCUAUCUGGCCCAGUACUAUUUUAAGUGCAAACUGUGGGAUGAAGCUUCAACUUGUGCACAAAAGUGUUGUGCAUUCAAUGAUACCCGGGAAGAAGGUAAGGCCUUACUCCGGCAAAUCCUACAGCUUCGGAACCAAGGCGAGACUCCUACCACCGAGGUGCCUGCUCCCUUUUUCCUGCCUGCUUCACUCUCUGCUAACAACACCCCCACACGCAGAGUUUCUCCACUCAACUUGUCUUCUGUCACGCCAUAGUUGGCUACUGUCAAGCCAGCACAUUGUUAGACCCAUCUUAAUUAAGCCUUACCUCCAUGUAAAGAACAGCACGUCUGUUCCAAGGACCUCAGCUCUUCUUGUUUCUACAGAUGGCAACAGCUCCAUAGGGACAGCUUGUAUAAUUACCUUCAGAGGCCAACUGACAGAAUGCUGGCAGGAACAGACAUUAUCUUGCCAGUUAGAAGUACUUCUAUCUCACUUAUGUCCAGAGAGUGGCUAUAGAUCUUGGCCUUCUUCUCUGAAAAAAAUUUUUUUUUGCCCCCAAGAAAGUCGCUUUUAUAGCACUUUAGCACAGGCAAUGCUACAGGAACAGUUUCAGUGCUGCUGAGAGUGAAAGAAAGGAGGAAAGUCUGCCGCUCUACACUCAGCUAGCAGUAGGGCACUGAGUACCCUAGGAAGAAGUCAGAGCAAUGGAUACAAAUGACCUUGCUCUUGGAUUUGCUGAGCAUGAUCCCUAUUCUGAUGUCAGAGAUUAGGUUUAAAUGGAAUAGAGCUAUCCAUUUGUACUUACUCUAGAGAGACAAUCUUCCAAAACAGUUUUGGGGGUCUUCUAAAAGCUUUCAAAUUGGAAGUAAUUUACUAGAGUUGAAUAAAAGAAGGGCAAAAAGAAUCUCACAGAGCUUGGAACUGCUGAUAGCCCUUACUGAGGGCAAAAGAUGGCUAUAUUGUUAGCUAUACUCCUACCAAAGCAAAGCAAGGUGUUAGGAUUAUAGAUAAUUUCACGGACAUUUGGAAAUAACAUUUGUGAUUAUACAGACAAGAAUAAACUCACUUUAAGCUGGUCUGUUUUAAUAAAUUUUCAAUGUAAUUGUCUAUUUUUUUCCCUCCCAUCUGCAACAGAAUACAUUUUUUUCAGCCUUUAUCUAGAUGAGGUAAAGGGAAUCAUUCUUAUGGUGCUCUUGGAGAGUUUCAGGCCUGUGCAUGUAUGUGCAGCAGGAGGUAAUAUGCUAUAAUAUCUGCUGUAAUAUAUUUGCACAAUAGAUGCUAUGGAUCAUUCUGAGCUCAGGGUCCAGACUUCAUUCUUAUUCCCAGAAUUUUGUGUUACCUUUUUACCUCCUAA